CCGGGAGGCUGUUUGUGUUCUUCUGUCUCAACCAUUUGUCCCUUCACUCAGGACCUCUCUGUGUCUGCAUCUCCUAUCUUUGUCCUCAUCACUGCUCUGCUCAGCCUCCUUCCCAAGGGAAGUGCUGGAAAAAGCCAAUGAGAGGAUUUUACCAGGAGGAUAAUGACCAAAAGUCCAGCUUGCAGUCAUUUUUCAUAGCUCAUUAUCUUUAUUCUUCAAAAAUAAAUACGGUGGAGUAUCUGCUUCAACUCAGGGUGCCCUCCUAGUUUCACCUGAAGAUGAGGAGGCAUCGGUUGUUACCCCUGUGUGCCCUCCUGGGGGUCCUCUUUGCAGGACUCCCCCUUAAACUCGAUGCUCAGGAAGACUGUGCACAAGGCUCAGCAGCUGAUGUGUACUUUCUAGUGGAUUCAUCCUGGAGUAUGGGGCAGGAGAACUUUGAACAUGUCAGGACUUUUCUGUACACCUUGAUAAAAUCUCUGCACCAAGUUGGAGGAGGGAGGUUUAAGUUUGCCCUCACGCAGUACAAUAGCAGGCCCCAAACUGAGUUCCACCUCAACACCUACCCAACAAUGCAGGACGUCCUGGGACACAUCAAGGCCAUGUCUUACCGUGGCGGGGGCACCCGGACCGGCCUGGGUCUGGAAUUCCUGAUCCGCACACAUUUGACCUCUGCUUCGGGAAGCCGUGCAGCCGAAGGGGUGGCCCAGGUGGUGGUGGUCCUGACAGACGGGCGAUCGCAGGAUGAUGUUGGAGAGCCGGCCAAGGUGCUCCAGAUGGCAGGCGUGCAGAUGUUUGUGGUUGGAGUUCAGGAUGCGGUGGACUGGGAACUCAGGGAGAUGGCUAGCCAGCCACAAGAAACUCAUGUGUUCAAUGUAGACUCUUUUCUGAAGUUGCGGGAUAUAAUUCAAGAUUUAGUAGUGAGUAUUUGCGGUGCAGUGACCCGUGUGGGGGGCACUCCUCUGGUCAAUGAGGCCCCAGUGGCUGGACAAGGGACAGCACCAGAUUCAGCUGACCUAAUAUUCUUAAUUGAUGGAUCACAGAACGUUGGAGCAGCUAACUUCCCCUAUGUGCGUGAUUGGGUUACGAGAGUCAUUGAGCGACUCUCUGUGGGCAGGGAUGAAAUUAGGGUGGCCUUGGUCCAGUAUGACAACGACCCAGAAAUAAAAUUCUUUCUGAAUAGCUAUUAUGAGAAAUCUUCAGUCCUGGAAGCGGUGAAGGGCCUGACCUACUCAGGUGGUGAUGAAUCGAACCUGGGGGCUGCCCUGGAGGAAGUGGCUGAGAGUCUGUUGAGAGAGUCGGUCGGAGGCAGGGCAGAAGAGGGCGCACCCCAGGUUUUGGUGAUCAUCAGUGCAACAGUAUCCAGUGAUGACACUGGUGCGGGUCACCGGGCCCUCAUGAGGGCUGGUGUGGCCACCUUAGGGGUGCCGAUUGGUGACGAUGCUGCUGCAGAUCUGGAAGAGGUGGCCACAGAUAAAAGUUUUGUCCUGAAAGCUGACAGUUUCAGAACAUUGACAACCACUGAUGAUCCGCUCAUUGGCUACAUUACCGGCUUGGCAAUGCGCUCCAUUAUAUUUGAGAAUGAGUUCGCUGAAGUUGUAACAGUUGGAAGACGAGACAUAAUUUUCCUGAUAGACAGCACAAUGGGAACAGCGGUCAUCAACAAUGUGCGUGAAUUCAUCAGACGGUUCGUCAGCACCAGGGAAAUCGGUCCAGAUGCAGUCCAAGUGGGUAUUGCCCAGUUUACCACUGAUCCAAGACUGGUGAUGGACCUCAACGGCCACGGAACCAAGGAGUCCUUGAUCGCUGGUUUGACUGCUCUCAGACCGAGACAGGGACAGAACAUCAACAUCGGAGCUGCCUUAAACUUUGUGCAGCAGAGCAUGUUGAAAGCUGACAAAGGCAGCCGUCUCAGCCAGGGCGUUUCCCAGCUUGUGAUGCUUAUUGUCAGUAAAAAGUCCAGUGACAGCGUGGAGGGACCGGCUCAGGCCCUGCAGCGAAUGGGCGUACUGACUCUGGCUGCAGGCUCCAGGGCGGCUGCUGAUGAAGAGCUGAAGAAGAUCGCCUUUUCUGACAGAGUGGUGUUCAUGGCAAAGGACUUCAGGCAACUGUUUCGCAACGGCAGGGAAAUAACUGAUGCCCUCUCCACUCUGUCUGGGACAAUGGUGAUUGAAACACCCACGGACCCAGCGCAGAUGCAGAGAGUGUUUCGAGACAUCGUGUUCCUUGUGGAUGGAUCGAACUACAUCGGUAGCAAUAACUUGCCCUUUGUGAGAGACCUCAUGAUCAACAUUGUCAACCAGCUGGACAUAAGCCCUGACCGGGUCCAGAUUGGCCUCAUGCAGUUUGCAGAACAACCAAGAAUUGAAUUUUACCUGAACACCUACAACAACAAGCAAGAUGUCGUGGACAAGAUCUCUCAACUCAGGCUGACUGGGGGCUCAGUGCUGAAUACAGGAGCUGCUAUGAACUACGCUAUGAACAACAUGUUCCAAACAACAGCUGGGUCACGCAAGCUCCAGAAAGCCGUGCAAGUGUUGAUCCUGAUCACAGGUGGCCCACCCCAAGAUAAUGCUAGAAGUGAGGCUGAUAGAUUGGCUUUGGAAAACAUUUUGACAUUCACUGUUAGUUCUGGGCAAGCAGACAAAGAGGAAAUGCAAAAAAUUGCAUUUGUUCCAAAUUUGGCUUAUCAUGGAAGAAGCUUUUCAGACCUACCAGCCAUGGCCGACGAUAUCAUGCCUAGUCUAAUAACCACGGUUGGUGACACAGUCGAUGAAACAGAUGGAGCUGAAAGAGAUGUUGCUUUCCUGAUUGAUGGCACAGACAGUGUUCGGGCAGAUUUUCCCUACAUCCGGGAUUUCAUCCUCAAAGUGAUUGAACCACUUGACAUUGGGAUUGACAGAGUACGCGUCACAGUGGUUCAGCACAGUGAGACUCCCACUCCAGUCUUCUACCUCAACACAUAUCAAACCAAAGAGGAGGUGAUAAGAGCUGUGAGAGGGAUGGUUUUGGCUGGCGGACGCAGCCUGAACACCGGAGCGGCUCUCAGAUACAUGAAGGCCACCGCCAUGUCUGACAGCCACGGUAGUCGGGCUGCUCAAAACGUCCCUCAGUUUCUGAUUGUUUUGGCUGCAGACAGAUCCAUGGAUAGUGUAAAAGAACCUGCUGGUGAACUGAAGACAGACGGAGUUGUACCGUUUGGUGUUGGUGUCAAGAAUGCAGACAAGAGGCAGAUUGAGGCUAUUUCACACAACCCAUCCUUCGCUUUUAACGUGAAGGAAUUUAGUGAACUUGGCACCAUACCACCAAAGGUCAACACCUAUGUUACCUUGCCAAAGGACCAGCUUGCAGUCACCCUGCAGCAAGUGCAGUCGCAAGGCCCUCGGAAAGACAUUGUUUUCCUUGUUGAUGGAUCUGAUAGUGUUGGACGAGAAUUUGCUAUCAUCCAGGAGUUUAUCCGCAGAGUGGUGGAGAGUCUCAACGUGGGUGAAAACAAGAUUCGAAUUGGUGUGGUCCAGUAUGGUGACUCUGCCCAGGCUGAAAUGCAUCUCAAUACUUAUGCAACAAAAGAAGCUGUCCUGAAUGGCAUCAGGGAAAUGAGACAGCUUGGAGGAAGAAAGCGUAACCUGGGUCAAGCCUUGCAGUUUCUCAGUCAGAACGUUAUGAUACCAGCACAAGGUAGCAGGAAGCAAGAAGGUGUGCCACAGUUUGCUAUCAUUGUGUCCAGUAGGCCUUCAACAGAUGAGGUCAGCCGUGAAGCCUUUUCCCUCAAACAAUCAGGAGUCAUCCCAUUCAGCAUUGGCACCAGGGAGAUCAACCCCACAGAGCUACGGGUGGUGUCAUAUGUCCCAAAGUACUCUUUUACUGUUGAUGACCUCCCUGGUUUGUACACAGUCCAAGAAAGCCUCAUCAACACCCUAACAGAGUUAUCAGAUGAGGAUAUCGCAAGGUUGAGGCCUGAAUUCCCCACUUAUGGAGUAAUCACGCCACCGCCAGCAACUGGAGAUAAGAGGGAUGUCGUGUUUCUCAUCGAUGGCACUUCCGCAACGCGUAGUGAGUUCCCAUCCAUUCGUGACAUGAUAAGAAGAGUUGUGGACCAGCUGGAUGUAGGACUCGAUAGGGUCAGAGUUUCAGUGGUGCAGUACAGCGACGCUCCGAAGCUAGAAUUCCUUCUCAAUGCGUACUCCACUAAAAGUGAAGUUCGCCAGGCUGUGUCAGAACUUAGAAGCAGUGGUGGAAAUCGCCUCAACACUGGCCGUGCCCUUGAGUGGGUUGCCAGGAACAUCUACCAGAGAUCUGCAGGAAGCCGUGUUGAGGAAGGGGUGCCUCAGUUCCUCAUUCUGGUUACAGGUGGCAAGUCUUCAGAUGAUGUGUCCACACAGGCUGACCAGCUAAAGAGAAAUCUGGUUGCGCCUGUUGCAAUUGGUUCAAGAAAUGCAGAUCCAGAUGAGCUGAGACAGAUUUCCCUAAAGCCAGGGCUUGUGUACUCCGUUGACAGUUUCAAACAACUUUCAAGAGUGGAACCACAACUCAUUAAUUCAGUCCAAACAAUAUCCACUGCUGACAUUAUCAGCAGUUAUGUUCCAACAGUGGAAUUAGCCCCUCUGGAUCUUGGGAAAAAAGAUAUCAUCUUCCUCAUUGAUGGCUCAGACAGCACAGGUCCCAAUGGAAUUGCCCAUAUUCGGGACUUUAUCAUAAGCAUUGUCCAACAACUCGAUGUGCAGCCUGAUAGAGUCCGUGUUGCUGUUAUUCAGUAUGCAGACAGAGCUAAAACAGAGUUCUCACUCAAUACACACAGCAACAAGCAAGCUGUGCUGUCUGCUGUCAAACGCCUUCGUCAGAUAGGUGGACGUUCCUCAGAACUGGCCAAUGCCAUUGAUUAUGUCUUAGAAAACGAGGUAAAACCAUCGGCCGGUGUUCGUCUGUCUGAGGCCUCCCAGCAUCUUGUAGUUCUCACAGGGGCACCAUCCACCCAACCCGUGUCUAUCUCUGGACCUUUGCUAAAGAACAAACGGGUGAACUGCAUUGGUGUUGGGACUGGAAAUGCUGACAGAACUCAGCUAAGUCAGAUUGCCACAUCUUCUGAAGAUGUUGUUACAGUACCUACAUUCCCCAACUUGCCAACAGUAAAAGAAAAGGUUAUUUCCAGACUGAGUGGGGUCCCUGUGGAUGUUUUCAUCACAGAAGAUUUUCCAACGGCAGGUCUGCCUCAACCCAAAAAGGCAGAUAUAGUAUUCCUAAUGGAUGGAUCCAUCAACCUGGGCCAAGAAAACUUCAGGGACGUCAGGGACUUCAUCAUGAAUCUGAUCGAUCUGUUCUUCUCGGAGAGAGACAACCUACAAGUUGGCCUUGCACAGUAUGCCGGAGAUGUGACCGACGCCUUUUACCUCAACACCUACAGCAAGAGGGACGAUAUUUUAGAAGCAAUUGGCAAGUUAGAAUACAAAGGUGGACGCAGAAUCAAUACUGGUGCCGCCAUUCGCUACGUUCAAGAUGCUCAUUUUACCAAGCAGAGAGGCAGUAGGAUGGAUGAAGGCACUCCUCAGAUCCUCAUGCUUGUCACAGGAGGUCGUUCAACUGAUGACGGGAAGACAGCAGCGAUGGGCCUAAAGAACAAAGGUGUGAGAAUCUUUGCUGUAGGAGUGGGUGACAUUCAGGAUGAGCUAGAAAACCUGGCAAGUCAAUCUUCCACUGUGGCCCGAGCACAGACUUUCCAGGAGCUAUCAGAGCUCAACGAACAAAUCCUGGAGGCUUUGGACGAUGAAGUGAAGGGGAAGCUUUGUGUUGAUUCACAACUACCUGCUAAACCCUGCAAUGUUGAGGUGUUAGUUGGCUUUGAUGUGUCAGGCCAGAACAUCUUUAGCAGUCAAAUUAACCUUCAGAGCAAGAUGAACACCAUUCUACAAAGAAUUUCCAAAAUGACACCGAUCAGUUGCUCUGGAGGGCAGAACCCCUCUAUUCAAGUAGGCAUGCUGGCCUUGGAUUCUGCCUCUGCACCUGUCCAGCUCGACUUCAUGGACAAUCCUGAUGAGCUGUUUGAGGCCUUCAGAGGUCUACGGAGUCGGGGCCCCUUCAUCUUGAAUGCUCAGACCAUCUCAGCCUACAUUAACCGGUUCCGGGUCAGACAGCCCAAUACUAUCAAGGUUAUCAUUCAUCUGACCGAUGGUCUGGAUGGUCCAUACGCUGACAUAAAAAGACGAGUUGAAGAGCUUCGUCAGUCAGGAGUGAAUAGCUUCAUUCUGGUUGGGCUGGAACGAGUGCAACGGUUUGAGGAGGCUUUGCUCUUGGAAUUUGGCCGUGGCUUUAGGUACACAAGACCCUUAAAACUCAAUGUCAUGGACCUGGAAUAUGAACUUAUGGAGGAACUGGACAAUAUUGCAGAGAGGGAGUGCUGUGGAGUUCCAUGCAAAUGUACUGGAAACAGAGGAGACAGAGGGGCAGUUGGACUGUCAGGGAUUAAGGGUGGUCCAGGAUUACCAGGAAGCCCGGGACAUCCUGGUGACGAGGGGGGACCAGGAGAAAGAGGUCCUCCUGGUAUUAAUGGCACUCAGGGUUUCCAGGGAUGUCCUGGACAAAGAGGUGUCAAGGGCUCUCAUGGGUUCUCAGGGGAAAAGGGUGAAUUAGGAGAAAUUGGACUUGAUGGCAUCAAUGGAGAAGACGGGAAAAGUGGAGUUGCUGGGCCUGCAGGUGACAGAGGAAACCCAGGCAGAAGAGGUCCUAAAGGAGCCAAAGGACAAGCAGGCGACAUAGGACAAAGGGGAAUCAGAGGAGACCCUGGAACAAGGGGAGAAGAUAACAACAGGCCGGGACCUAAGGGAGACCGUGGUGAUACUGGACCUCCGGGAGCUCCUGGUGAAGAUGGAUUGACAGGAAGUCCCGGUGAACUUGGCAGACCGGGACUUGAUGGUAGAAGAGGCCCACCAGGACCACCUGGAAGAGCCGGGUUGACUGGGGCAAAAGGUCUGCCAGGACAGCCUGGUAUUGCAGGUCCAAGAGGUCAAGCUGGACCAAUUGGUUCACGAGGACCCAAAGGGGAGGAUGGGAACCCUGGGCCAAGAGGUCCUGGAGGUAACCCGGGUCCAGGUGGAGAAAAAGGAAGGAGAGGACCCCUUGGUCGCAAGGGAGAACCAGGGGAUCCAGGACUCAGCGGUGUUACUGGGCCAAUUGGCCCCCACGGAGAGCCUGGUCAAGAUGGCAGAGAUGGAAUUGGUCCGAAAGGUGAAAAAGGAAGAAAGGGUGAUGAUGGUUUCCCAGGAUUCCCUGGACCCAAGGGCGCAGCUGGAGACCCUGGCACCCGAGGUGGACCUGGACCCAGAGGAAAUCGUGGACAAAGAGGUGUAUCUGGAGAUAUUGGAUCACCUGGACAGAACGGAGAAGUUGGCUAUCCUGGAGCCUAUGGAGCCAAAGGACCAAGAGGACCGGGUGUUGUGCAAUGUGACCUAGUCAAGAAGAUCAGAGAUAACUGUCCUUGCUGUUUUGGCAAGCAGGAAUGUCCGCUCUACCCCACCGAGCUGGCCUUCGCCCUAGACGUCUCUCAGAACGUUGACCGUCAAGGCUUCAACAACAUGCGAGACACAGCUGCACUCCUGGUCAGAAACAUCACUAUUGCUGAGAGUAACUGUCCAAGAGGCGCUCGUGUUGCUCUGACCUUGUACAACAAUGAGGUAAUCACUGAGGUCCGGUUUGCUGAUGCAAUGAAGAAACGAUCCUUGGUGGAUCACAUUGAGGGACUGCAAAAACCAAGGUCGAAUAAGGAAGCAAGUUUGGAAACAGCCAUGAGCUUUGUGGCCCAGAACACCUUCAAGAGAGUUCGCAGUGGGUUCCUUAUGAGAAAAGUCGCCAUCUUCUUUGUUGGUGAUCGGAUUAGGCAGCCUCAGAAAAUCACUAAUGCUGCUCUUCGCCUUCACGAUGCUGGCAUUGCUACUUUGCUCUUGGUGAACAGGGACAACGCAGAACUCAGACAGGCAGUACAGGUUAACAACACAGCAUUGGCCCAGGUAAUUAUUCUUCCUGGCUCUGGAAGUUCCCAGUACAAAACAGUCUUCCAAAAGAUCUUGAGCUGCCACGUCUGUUUUGAUUUCUGCUCUCCAGAUCAGAUUUGUGAUUAUUUUCCCCCAUCAAUCAGCCGAGAUCGGAGGUCAUUGACCUCUGAUGUGGACAUCGACAUGGCGUUCGUCAUAGACAGCUCUGAGUCGACUUUCCCAUCCUUCUUCAUCGAGAUUAAACGAUACAUAGCUCACAUCAUAGAAGCUCUUCAUGUGUCUUCAGAUCCUAUGACAUCCGUUCAUCACGCAAGAGUGUCUGUCGUCCAGCAAGCUCCUUAUGAAUUCAUCCACAACAAAACUGGUUAUCCCAUUCACGUGGACAUUGGUUUGACCGAGCACACCUCGGCUCAGGAUAUGGUCAGAUUCCUGCUGGAGAAGACAGAGCAGCUGGAGGGUGGCCGUGCCCUCGCAUCGGCCAUCGAGUCAACAGUGGAGCAGGUAUUUGAAAAGGCGCCACAGCAACGUGACAGGAAGGUGAUUGUGCUCUUUGUGACUGGAAGCGUGGAGGUGGAAGAGGAGCAGCUGGUUCGCAUUGCCAGCGAGAUCAAAUGCAGAGGAUACUUCCUCGUGAUUUUUGCCGUGGGUCAAGCAGUUGGUCCAAGGGAUGCUCUCGUCCUGUCACGCAUGGCGAGCGAACCAUCAGAUGUCUUCUUUAAGCGCCUUGACCUCAUUUCUCACUUUUAUGACAAGCACAUACAGAGGUUUGGGCAGCUGUUUGCAAAGUAUAUCAGCUUUGAAACCCGACCUGAGCUGUCUAAAAACUGUCAGUGGACACAGAGUGACCAGCCACUAAAAAGCCCCAUCCCGCCAUCACACCAUCAGGAAAAACCCCAUAAACACCAUGAAAGUCACCAAGCAGUUCAUGAAAGAAAGCACCACGAUGUAGAAGAGCUGCACGUCUCCAACGUCACCUCCAGCAGCUUGAAGUUAUGGUGGAGCAACUCAGAACCCAAACUCUUUGUCUACUUUGAGGUGGUGCUGACACGACUGCACGAUCACGCCCUGGUUGUGAAGACCAAUGUCUCAGGCACAGAGAUUACCGUGGACAACUUAGAAAGCUCUCAAACAUAUCAUGCUGUGGUCACAGCACACACAGCAGAGGGUCAGACUGUCUCCACCCGCAAGGGGGUCAUCAGAACCAAAGCAGCAAGCCAAGGCAGCAAUACUGUAAACAUCAAACCAGUGGAGAUACCAGAAACUGUUAAUGACCUGGCAGACCCGUGCUCACUUGACUAUGACCCCGGAAUGCCGUGCAAAGACUAUCAGGCUAAGUGGUUCUUUGACAGAAAGAAUGGGUUCUGUACAGCGUUCUGGUAUGGAGGUUGUGGAGGCAAUGAAAAUAGGUUCGACACGGAGACACUUUGCUUGAAAAACUGCAUGAGGUCAGCCCCAGAACCUCAACCAGAGGAGCAACAAGCUGAACCAGUGGAGAUUCUUCCACCUCCUGUGGUUGUGGACAUUUGCCAGCUUCCCAAAGAAGAAGGGAAAUGUGCUAAAUUUGUUCUGAAGUGGCACUACGAUGCUCCCAGCAAGAGCUGCAUCCGCUUCUGGUAUGGCGGCUGUGGUGGAAACCAGAACCGCUUUGACACAUUUGAGCAGUGUAUGAAGACAUGCGGAAAAGCAGCAUCAGUCAACCAAGGAAUAAUUGCCACACUGAGAACAUAGAAAGUGGCCAGCUUUACCUCUGUUUGGAGAACCAUCCAAAAUGGCCACACUGUAAGGAUGCCUUGCUGAAGCAAUGGUGGCUGCACUGGACUCAACAGACAUGAACUUUACCCCCAAAACUUCCUUAAGUAGUCUCUUUCACAACAGGAAAGAAGGAAGAUAGUUUGCUGUGUGAAAAGUUGAAUCUACUGGUGCUAAAUGUCUGAGUUGAAUAAAUACAGCAGUUUGUGUCUGGAACCAUAAUGUAAAACACGGUUUCAUGUUUUCUAAGAGUUUUUAGAAUUAAACAUAUGAAUUACUUGGACAAAGAUGAGUAAUUAAUCUGUAAAAGCCAGACUUUAACGUUAAACUGUCCCAGUGGUUUAAAGUGUUGUCAGACUCAGUCCUUGUGGAGUCAUUUGCUUUUUAGUUAUUUCACUGCAAUGUUCACACAGCUCCUUACAGCCAUGUUUAUCAUCCAGCAACCAACUGCUCUCAUGUAAUGAAAUGUCAAAUGCACUUCUGGAUCCAUUUCCUCCUUUAAUAAAGUCCAGUUAUUUAGAAACGGAAUGUAAUGUCAAUCUGAUUUUUGUUUUUAAUCUGGGUUUAAUGAAGUUUACUUGUCAGUUUGUGUAUGGGGCUAAUAAAAAAGAAGUAGACUUUGUAAUAAAUAUGAGCAACUGA